AUGCCUCCACAGCCACCGCCCAUCCAGGAGCCUUCCUUCCCUGGGGAGAGCGAAUUAUCCGAGGACGAGCGGAAACGCUGGCUCAUUCUGCAUGUGGCACUUCCACGUACCAUCAUGACUUGUGAUGUGGCACACGGAAGAAGUACUGAGGACGAGCUGAAUGAUGCCCUGUCCAGCCUAGCCUGGGGCUCCAUAGACGAGGAGGGGGGUGAAUGGACCCUCGAAUCUCCAGAUCCUUGCUUGGAGCCUCCACAUUCCUCGCUGAUCACGUAUGCGGAGUAUGUGGCGCGCACAUACCCAGCUGAUCCCACGAUGGAGGACAAGGCACGUGAAGAGAACAUCAAACUGGCUACGGAGAAGCGGUGUUGCUUUACCUGCGCUGGCGAACCGGGCUCAAAGUUUCGGCCUAUGUACGAUCAGAUGAUCAAGAACCUUCAGCACUCCAACAAGGCGCUUGCAAAAGCCUUCAACAUCAAGAAGGUGUGUCUGAAGGAAGACGAAGUACCGGAGGAUCCCACGAAGACAGAGGCGCAGAACAUCAUGCGCUUCGGCCGGCAUCAGAUUCUGCCGUCCUUCUGGUACAUGCUUAUUCAGCUGACAAAGCGCGGCAGACGGUUCUCAGUGGUCUUCAGAUCAUUUAGCGAAGAGCAGCUGCUGCAGGCCCAAAAGGAGCUACAGCUGUUUGCGCAGUGCCAGCAUCCUGCCUACAACGGGCAGAACAAGACCCAGAAGCCCCCGCUGAUGGAUGGGAACAAGGGAUCCAGAGACAUGCGCCUGUCUCAAGCAGCCAUCGGUCGCAUGGAUAGAAUGGGCGGCUUCCUCCGCUUCAGGGACCGACCUGCAGUGGAGACGCCGGCAGAGCCCGUCCCAGAAGCGAGCGAGCCGCAGGCUGAUGUGCCAGAAGCGGCCUUCAGGCCCACGGAGUACACAUUUCCUCCCUACCACGAAGCAUAUGCUGGUUUGAUGCACCAGAUCUUCGAAACAGCCAACACAGCAGCCAUUGUAGAUGAUCUGGCGUUCUGGGAAACGCACGAGCGUGCCAGUACUGCUGGCAAGAUGCUUCUGGUAGACCGCGCCGAGACGAAGGUCCAGCAUAUCUUCUUUGAUGGCAACGUCGAGAAGGAGGAUGCGUACUGCGUGGAUGUGAGGAAUGCAGUGAACGGGGAGACGAUCUCGCUGGACAGGGCUUCAAAUGUCUAUCUGCACCGCGUAGAUUUCUUCCAGGCUGUGACAGAUGUGGAGUAUUUCUUGAAAGCCACAGAGGCAUGUGAGCUUGCUAUGUCCAAGAUGAUUGUGGAGGACAGACACGCAGAAGGCGUCGUCAGGUCCCUUUCGGAAGAGGAGCAGAAGAAGGCAGCCGCUGCAGCAGCUGCCAUGACUCCCAAGGAGUGGCUGUACCGCAACAUUAUCCCAGCGCUCCUGCCUGCGCUGGAGGCGUGCCAGCGAGAUAGGCCCGAGGAUCCCAUCGAGUUCAUCGCCUUCUACAUGCUUCGUCACUCGAAGCAGUAUUCCAAAAGCUUGAAGGCAUAA